AUGGCUUCAGACAAGCCAUUGCAGUCUCUCACUGACGAGGUAGACAAGUGGUCGCCUUAUUCUCAGACGCGGAGUACGAUCGAUGAACAACCACUCAGCAAAGAUGAGCUCGAGAAGACGAGCAAAUGGAUGCAUGCCUCACUUUACCUCUGCUUGGGCAUGCUGUACCUGAAAGAGAACCCGCUAUUGCAAGAGCCGUUGAAGAAGGAACACAUCAAAGCCAGAUUGCUGGGCCAUUGGGGUAGCGAUGCCGGACAGUCGUUCACCUAUAUUCACAUGAACAGACUGAUCAAGAAGUACGAUCUUGAUGCCUUCGUCGUUUCUGGUCCAGGCCAUGGUGCUCCCGGCUUGAUCUCCAACUUCUACCUCGAGGGCGUUUAUUCAGAAGUAUACCCUGAAAAAGCCGAAGAUCUCCAAGGACUGCAGCGUUUCUUCAAGCAGUUCUCGUUCCCUGGUGGCAUUGGCAGCCACAUGACUCCAGAGACACCGGGUUCCUUGCACGAAGGAGGAGAGUUGGGAUACUCGCUCUCUCACGCCUUCGGUGCAGUCUUCGACCACCCACAAACCAUUGCCCUUACCAUUGUUGGAGAUGGCGAGUCAGAGACGGGCCCUCUUGCUACCUCGUGGCACAGCAACAAAUUCCUCAACCCAAUCACUGACGGUGCAGUCCUCCCUGUGCUGCAUCUCAAUGGAUACAAGAUCAACAAUCCAACCAUCCUCGCGCGUAUCUCAGAAGAAGAGCUGGUAGCUUUGAUGAAGGGUUAUGGCUGGGAGCCAUACUUCGUGGAGGGUUCGGAUCUUGACACGAUGCACCAAGCAAUGGCUGGCACACUCGAGCACUGCGUUAAGGAGAUCAAGCGAUAUCAAAAGGAGGCUCGUGACUCUGGCAAGGUCUUCCGUCCGAGAUGGCCAAUGAUCGUUCUGCGGUCGCCAAAGGGUUGGACGGCGCCUCGCAAGGUUGAGGGCCAUUACCUUGAAGGUUUCUGGCGUGCUCAUCAAGUCCCUCUCCCCAAGGUGUCGAGCGAUCCUGAGCAAUUGAAGAUGCUGGAGGAGUGGAUGAGAGCGUAUGAGCCGGAGAAGCUGUUCACAAAGGAGGGCAAGUUCAUUCCUGAACUUCGAGAGCUUGCCCCACCCAAGGGCAAGAGGAUGAGCGAGAACCCAAUCACGAACGGUGGGCUCAUUCGGAAGCCUCUCAAACUCAACAAGUUCCAAGACUACGCUAUCAAGGUCGACAAGCCAGCCGUUACCAACUAUGGAAGCAUGGGCAACUUCGCCAUCUUCCUGAAGGACAUCGUGAAGGAUAACAUGCAGACCUUCCGUGUCAUGGGUCCGGACGAAACCGAAAGCAACAAGCUCUCUGAGAUUUACAAGGCUGGCAAGAAGAUCUGGGUCAACGGGUAUCUUCCAGAGGACGAGGAUGGCGGCAAUCUUGAUCCAAACGGCCGAGUGAUGGAGAUGCUGAGCGAGCACACAGUCGAAGGCUGGCUGGAGGGCUACCUGCUCAGUGGUCGUCACGGCUUGCUCAACUCGUACGAGCCUUUCAUUCACAUCAUCGACUCAAUGGUCAACCAGCACGCCAAGUGGAUUGAGAAGUGCUUGGAGGUCUCUUGGAGACAAGCCAUCUCGUCUCUUAACAUCCUCCUCACCAGCACGGUCUGGCGACAAGAUCACAACGGCUUUACGCAUCAAGACCCUGGUUUCCUCGACGUGGUUGCCAAUAAGAGCCCAGAAGUUGUCCGCAUCUACCUUCCUCCAGACGGCAACUGUCUUCUCUCCACCAUGGACCACUGCUUCAAGUCCACGAACUACGUCAAUGUCAUCGUCGCCGACAAGCAGUUGCACUUGCAGUACCUUAACAUGGAUGCUGCCGUUGAGCAUUGCACCAAAGGUCUUGGCAUCUGGGACUGGGCAUCGAACGACCAGGGUGAGGAGCCAGACGUGGUCAUGGCGUCGUGCGGUGAUGUUGUUACACAAGAGGCUCUGGCUGCGACUGCUCUACUGAGACAACACCUGCCGAGCCUCAAGAUCCGCUUCGUCAAUGUCGUCGAUCUGUUCAAGCUCAUUCCCAACGGCUACCACCCUCACGGCCUGACAAACGCAGAGUACGGCAACUACUUUACCACCAACAAGCCGGUCGUCUUCGCCUUCCACUCCUACCCAUGGCUCGUUCACCGUUUGACCUACAACCGCCCUGGUCAAGAUCUCAUGCACGUCCGUGGAUACAAGGAGAAGGGCAACAUCGACACACCACUGGAGCUCGCCAUCCGCAACGAGACUGAUCGUUUCUCGCUCGCAAUCCGUGCGAUUGACAGUCUGACUGACGUGCUCGGUAACAGGGGUGCUGGAGCUAGAGAGAAGCUGCUGGAGCAGCGCAUUCGCAGCAUGAAUUAUGCGUAUGAAGAGGGUCUCGAUCCGGAGGAGUUCACCAACUGGACUUGGCCGUUCUGA